AUGGUUCGAAAUUCAGAUUCGAAUUCUGCUUCUUCAACUGUAGUGAAUAUGGAUAGAGAUCUAGAAGAACAGAAAUAUGUUCAGAAAAAGGCUAAACAUUGGGAAUUGGUUUUCGAUCAGACUCAUGUCACGCCCGAAGUCCUCAACUACCCUUAUAAGGGCUCUGGUACCGAACAGGAUCCUUAUGUCGUGGAAUAUAUUCCCAAUGAUCGCAGAAAUCCUAUGAACUUUAGCAUGUUGAAGAAAUGGAGUCUGACAAUACUUCUUGCUUGUGCAACAUUAGCAGUAUCUUUUGUAUCCUCGGCAUAUACGGGCGAUGUUGAUGGAAUCAUCGAAACGUUUCACGUCGGUCCGGAAGUCGCUACAUUAGGCGUCUCGCUUUUCGUCUUGGGUUUCGCUAUCGGUCCGCUCCUAUGGGCUCCUUUAUCUGAAUUAUAUGGUCGUCAAGUUCUUUUCUUUGGUACUUAUGCUAUGCUUACUACUUUCAAUGCUGGAGCUGCUGGAGCAAAGAAUAUUCAGACGCUUCUGCUUAUGCGAUUUUUCGCAGGAGCUUUUGGAAGUUCGCCCCUUACAAAUGCCGGUGGAGUUAUCGCGGAUAUGUUCACUGCUUCUCAUCGUGGAAUUGCAACCAGUAUAUAUGCUGCAGCACCAUUUUUGGGUCCUGCUAUUGGUCCCAUUGUAGGAGGCUUCCUAGGGGAAGCGAAAGGUUGGAGAUGGAUUGAGGGCCUCAUGGCCAUCUUCACUGGAGCACUCUGGAUUAUGGGUGGCCUCCUUAUUCCCGAAACUUAUUCCCCAGUCAUUCUUCGCCGUCGAGCCGACAAAAUGUCUUCGAUGACUGGAAAAGUCUACAAGUCCAAGAUAGAAGUCGACUAUGGUUCUAAAUCCAUCGCAGCAGAAUUCAAGACUUCACUGUCGAGACCCUGGAUCUUGUUGUUUACAGAACCUAUCGUGUUCUUGCUGAGUUUAUACAUGGCCAUCGUCUACGGAACUCUGUACAUGAUGUUCGGAGCAUUUCCAAUCGUUUACCAACAGGAUCGUGGAUGGAGUGCUGGUGUUGGUGGAUUGGCUUUCUGUGGUGUGGCAGUUGGGAUGAUGCUUGCAGUCCUCUACUCACUGUGGGAUAAUAAACGAUACAACGAUACAGCUGCUAGGCAUAAUGGUGCCGCUCCGCCUGAAGCUCGUCUCCCGCCUGCCAUUGUCGGAAGUAUCUGUUUGCCUAUUGGACUCUUUUGGUUCGCAUGGACAAAUUCUCCAAGUAUCCAUUGGAGUGUUAGUAUUAUCGCAGCUGCUCCAUUUGGUUUCGAUUCGUAUAUACUCUACGCCGCUUCCGUUUUAGCGGCCAACAGUGUGCUUCGCUCCUUAUUUGGCUGUGUCAAAGAGAUAACCAACUGUAUGAUAGAUAUGUUCAAUAACCUUGGAAUACAUUGGGCAAGUUCCAUCCCGGCUUUCCUCGCUUUGGCUUGUUUACCCUUCCCAUUCCUCUUUUACAAAUAUGGAGCUUCUAUAAGGAUGAAAUGCAAGUUUGCGGCGGAGGCAGCACGUGUAUUGGCGGAGAUGAGGGGUGCUUCUUCAAAUGAGGAUGAGGCGGAGGAGACGUUGGAGGAUAUGGAGGAACGGGAGGCGAGAAGAUUGAAUGUUCAUGGGGAGAGCGAAGGAGAUAGCGUCCUUAAAGAUGGAGAGAAACGUGAAAAUUAA